AUGAGUCGUUGUUUCGUGGAUAACGCUGGGAAAUUUGAAGACUACAUCGCGUACUGCACAAACUAUCAUAGAAUGAUUGCAACACUUGCGGAAAUGCAACAACUCCCACACAUGGCUGCUGCGUUGGCCCAUCGUCAAACGGCACUCGGACACGCUCUCCCAUUGAGUGCAUAUCUCCUCAAACCAGUUCAACGAAUACUCAAGUAUCACUUGUUCAUAGAGGUGUGA